GCCGGUCACGUGGUCACACGCGUCAUCGCGCCGGCCCGUGCAGUCCCACUAUAAAAAGAGUUUGAGCCUCCCUCGCGAAGGGAAGCCGCGCACUUCGAACGAGUCCCGACCGAGCGGUCACUCCCGAAGACGUCCACGCUGCGCUCGCCGGCCCUCUCGACCACGCGAAUUCGCGAGCUCCGGAGGCACCAGCCAGAAGGCAGCGCCGCACAAGAACAGCGCGGAGGACUUGUCUUGAGGAUCUAGGUGCGCAAGGUCAAUCAUGUCUGCAACUGGGCUGCUCCUCUUCGGCGUCCUCGUCUUUUCAGUCUGCCUGACUGCAGCACAAGAAAAGCCGGACGACGUGAGCGAAGAGCGCUUCGCCCCGGAGCAGAAGCGGCCCUUCUGCAACGCCUUCACUGGUUGCGGAGGGAAGAGGUCCCAGUUCAGGACGCGCAACCUGAUAUCCGUGCUGCGGCAGAGAAUACUGGAUGAAGCGACGAGGAGUCACCAGCGCUACCGGAGCAAAUUUCCAGAGGACGUAGGCAGCCGCAAUGCUUUGGAUGCUGGCGAUCUCCGGAGCGGUGCCAUAUUGGUGAAUCUACCCAGCCUGCUGCGGAAGCGGAGGUUCGCCAUGAAUGGCCCAUAGCUCGAAGUGGGCCAUGCUCAUCACACUCCAGCAUCAUUAGCACAGGUGCUUGGCGACGCUGUGACACUUUGCCAGGGGCGGUGCCAGCUGUCCUUGGUCAUGCCUUUGAGCAAUGCCUGCAACUUCCAUGCUCUCCAGCCAAUGAUGCCGCUGUGCAUCUUGACAGUGCUCUUACAGGCCUGCUACUGCCCACACCUCUUUUGCAACCCUGGCUAAAUGCACUCCAAUAAACACUUUCCUCAAACACAACAACCAGCAUAUGUAAAAUUCAUUCAAUGUUGACAAAUUAUAUACAGUGCCUGAAUGUUUGUAUAGUGAGAGUUGCACUGCAACAAGAAACAUUGUUAAACUGAAAAUUUUGUUAAGUCAAGGUCUCUGUGUUUCAACAUUACAAAUGACUUCAGAGGUUUCUAGAACAGCACCACUGGAUAGCUCCGAUAGCAUAUUCUCAGAAGCAUAAAAUCAAGCAAUAAUCACAUUAAAUGCAAUAGCAUGUGUGGUAGAGAUACCAGUGAGAGAAAAGAGCUAUUGUAGAAAUUACUGAUAAGAUUUUUCUUUUGUCAAGCAAAAGUUUUUUUCAUUAGGGACAUAAACCAAAAGCAAGCUUUAGAACAAUGUAACACAGUGGACAACAUAUGAAAUCAAAAGCUGACCUACUCACAUUACUAGUAAAGGUCAAGAAUACUGGUACGCAUAACCAUACCAAGUGAGAUUUUAUGGCUAGCUCACAAAGGCCUUUAGCCCUACAGCACAAAACUAAAGAGACAGA